AUGGCGUCGGUCGAUGAGAUUCUCGCCGCCAAGUAUCCGGCCAAAGCGCAUGCGCGCCGUGUCGCUCAGAUCCUCCAGGACAAGCAUGGUGAGGCCGGCGCUCUCUACCUCGAGGCGCAAAAAACUCGUCUGAUCGAGGACAAUGACGAGGCCAUGCCAUUCCGGCAGCGUCGCCCGUUCUUCUACUUGACCGGAUGUCUGGAGCCCGAUGCGUCAGUGGUCUACGAUGUCAAGAAGGACGAGCUGACGCUUUUCAUUCCUCCCAUCGACCCCGACUCCGUCAUUUGGUCCGGCUUGCCGCUGUCCCCCCAAGAAGCUAAGAAGCUCUACGAUGUCGACCACGUCCAGUACACUACCGAUGUCAAUGCUACCCUGGCCUCAAUCGCCUCCGCUCAGGGUGGAAAGACCUUGGCUUUCGCUAUUGAGGAGCAGGUUUCCGAGGACAUCAAGUUCCAGGGUUUUUCGACGACAAAUCUUGCCGUCCUGAAGAACGUGAUUGGGGAUGCUCGUGUUGUGAAGGAUGCAUAUGAGGUCGCGCUGUUGCGGAAGGCGAACGACAUCUCUGCUCUGGGACAUAUUGCCUGCAUCAAGGCCGCGAAGACUGCGACCAAUGAGCGCGAGGUCGAAGCUGCCUUCAUCAACACCUGUAUUGCUAAUGGCGCUCGGGAGAUGUCUUACCACCCUAUCUUUGCCGCCGGCGCGAACGGUGCUACACUCCACUACGUCAAGAACGACGAGAGCUUGACCGAGUCGGGGUCCCAGAAGCGCAAGGGCAACUUGCUCAUUGAUGCUGGUGGCGAGUACCAAACUUACUGUGCCGAUAUUACUCGCGUUAUCCCUCUUGCUGGCAAGUUUCCGCUGGAGACUCGCCAGAUCUACGAGAUCGUCCUGCAGAUGCAGGCGGAGUGUAUUGCUGUGUUGAAGGAGGGUGUUCUGUGGGACGAUGUGCACGUGUUGGCGCACCGCAUCGCUAUCAAGGGUCUGCUGAAGCUUGGUAUUCUGCAGGGCGAUGAGAACGAGAUUUUCGAGAAGCGUGUCAGCGUGGCCUUCUUCCCUCACGGUCUGGGUCACUAUCUGGGCAUGGACACCCACGACACUGGUGGCUAUCCCAAUUAUGCCGAUCCCGACAAGAUGUUCCGCUACCUGCGCGUUCGGGGCAACCUGCCUGCCGGCUCUGUGAUCACCGUCGAGCCCGGGAUCUACUUCUGCCGCUUUAUCAUUGACCCGGUCUUGCAGUCGCCCGAGCUGAGCAAGUACAUCAACACUGAGGUCCUGGACCGCUAUUGGAGCGUUGGAGGCGUGCGCAUUGAGGAUAAUGUCCACGUCACCAAGAACGGCCCUGAUAACCUGACCUCGGCCCCCAAGGCCAUCCUGGAGGUUGAGAGCCUUGCGCAAUAA